AAUCAAAUUAACAAUAUGUCAAAAAUUUUUGUGACCGUAAUUUUGAUGGCUAUUUUAAUGGUGGCAAUGGUAUGGACUAAUGAACAUGGUGACAAUACUGCUGCUAUUGACCCUGUUUGUACAUGCAAUUUCUAUGAGGGACAUUUUUGCGGUUACCGCAAUUUGGAUACCAGCCCUAUUACCGCUAGACUGUUAGGCAACUGUGAACAGCAGACAGUCUACUACUGUCCCGGCGGUAAUGUUGUUGCCGUACUAAAGUCCCGGUGCUCCGAUAAAUGCCUAAGCGAUGGCAUAUCUGGAAAUGAUCAUUGUCCAUUUGUCUAAACGUAAAUGGACAACAAUAACAACA